AUGAAUUAAUAAAAUGAAGAGACUAUUGAUGAUUAUUUAAGGAGGAUCUACAAUGAAAAAAAAAUGAGUGAAGAAACAAAGGAAAGAAUAAUGAAAUCCAUUGAAAGAUUUGUUAAAUUAUUAAGAUAAAUAAAAUAUCAAUCACUUAAUCCUCCAUUAUCAAAGUUAUAUCAUAGUUAUUUUGGUUCAUUGUUGAAUGGUUUCGGAACACAAUCAUCAGAUGUUGAUUACACAAUAUUAACAAAUUCAUAUGUAAAUGAAAGAUAAUUCCUUUAAUUUACCAAAUAAGAAAUUGAAAAAAUUAUUAAAACAAAUAGAAACUAUUAAAGAUUUGUAAUAGAAAGGUUUGUUGAUUCUGCUCGUAUUCCAGUUAUUAACAUUAAAGAUACAAUUGAAAAUGUAGAAUUCGAUUUAUGUGUUAAUAACAUACUUGGAGUGAUAAAUACAAAAUUACUUAAUUAAUAUGCUAAUCUACAUGAAAAUGUUAAAAUUGGAGGAACAUUAUUAAAAAUUUGGGGAAAGGCUUAAAAGUUAAUAAAUUAAAAUGAUUUUUCUUCUUAUUAAAUAAUUUUAAUGUGGAUAGCAUUUUUGUAAAGAGAACAUAAUUUACCAGUCUUACAAGAUUAAGAAACAAUACGUUUAGCAAAUGAUUAAUCAGGAAAACUAUAAAUAGCUAGAAGCAAACCUGGUGAUGAAUAAUCUUAACCUACUGAUCGUUUUACAACUGAUGUAAGUUUUUUGACAGAUUAAUAAAUUAUUAAUGAAAAAAUGUAAACAUGUUCAGUCGGAUCUUUUAAAAUUAGUGAAUUAUUGAGAGAUUUUUGGAAAUAUUAUUAACAUCCUGAUGGUAAAUUUUUUAAAGAAGAAUACAUAAUUUCAAUUCAUAUACCUUCAGAUAAAUUAAAUAAAAAAUGGGCUAUAAAUAAUAAGUUUUUAACAAAAGAUCCUUUUGAUAUAUCACAUGAUCCUGGAUAAAGAGUUAAGAAUAUUGAUGAAAGAAGAUUGGAAAUUUUUGAAAAAUCAAAAAUAAUUAUGUAGAAAUAACUCUUGUCAUCAGUUAAAGAAAUAUUUUCAUCAUAAUGAUAAAUAUAUCAUACCAUAAAUUAUAUAUAUAUUAUCACACUAUUGCAUUUUCUUAAGGAUUGAUUGGAGGAUCUAAUUCUUCAAGUUUAAUAUGUUUUGAUAAAUCUAUAAUUUUAUUAUCUAGAUAUUUUUUAACACACACAACUGCAAUUAUUAAUAAAAGAACAAAACCUCUAAUCUUUUCAAAUAAAUAAUUACAUCAAUGCACAUCCUCCAAUUAUAACAAAUGUUUAAUCUUUUUCAUAAAACAAAAUUUCUUNAUUAAGAUAAAUAAAAUAUCAAUCACUUAAUCCUCCAUUAUCAAAGUUAUAUCAUAGUUAUUUUGGUUCAUUGUUGAAUGGUUUCGGAACACAAUCAUCAGAUGUUGAUUACACAAUAUUAACAAAUUCAUAUGUAAAUGAAAGAUAAUUCCUUUAAUUUACCAAAUAAGAAAUUGAAAAAAUUAUUAAAACAAAUAGAAACUAUUAAAGAUUUGUAAUAGAAAGGUUUGUUGAUUCUGCUCGUAUUCCAGUUAUUAACAUUAAAGAUACAAUUGAAAAUGUAGAAUUCGAUUUAUGUGUUAAUAACAUACUUGGAGUGAUAAAUACAAAAUUACUUAAUUAAUAUGCUAAUCUACAUGAAAAUGUUAAAAUUGGAGGAACAUUAUUAAAAAUUUGGGGAAAGGCUUAAAAGUUAAUAAAUUAAAAUGAUUUUUCUUCUUAUUAAAUAAUUUUAAUGUGGAUAGCAUUUUUGUAAAGAGAACAUAAUUUACCAGUCUUACAAGAUUAAGAAACAAUACGUUUAGCAAAUGAUUAAUCAGGAAAACUAUAAAUAGCUAGAAGCAAACCUGGUGAUGAAUAAUCUUAACCUACUGAUCGUUUUACAACUGAUGUAAGUUUUUUGACAGAUUAAUAAAUUAUUAAUGAAAAAAUGUAAACAUGUUCAGUCGGAUCUUUUAAAAUUAGUGAAUUAUUGAGAGAUUUUUGGAAAUAUUAUUAACAUCCUGAUGGUAAAUUUUUUAAAGAAGAAUACAUAAUUUCAAUUCAUAUACCUUCAGAUAAAUUAAAUAAAAAAUGGGCUAUAAAUAAUAAGUUUUUAACAAAAGAUCCUUUUGAUAUAUCACAUGAUCCUGGAUAAAGAGUUAAGAAUAUUGAUGAAAGAAGAUUGGAAAUUUUUGAAAAAUCAAAAAUAAUUAUGUAGAAAUAACUCUUGUCAUCAGUUAAAGAAAUAUUUUCAUCAUAAUGA